GUCCAUGACAGUGAGUGUGUGUGUAAGUGUGUGUAAGAGCGAGUGUGAGUUGGCCCAGGUGCCAGAGUAGCGGAACUCGGAUAAGUCAGUCCCAGGAUAGCGUAGCCAAAGAAGAGCAGGACAUGGCUCUCUGAGGGGGGCCCUGUCAACCAUGGACCCAACGCACUGAGGGUCCGUCCCCCACCCCCAGAACAACACUACGACAAACGGAAACCAAAGCAAAAGAAGGCAGUCAGGAAACGUAAUAAAAAGAAAAAAAAGACAACCAUGGUGGCUGAGGAGGUGGUCAUCUCCUUGUCUGGCGGAGCACCGUGGGGCUUUCGUCUGCAGGGAGGGGUGGAGCACCACAAGCCACUACAGGUGGCCAAGGUACGAAAGCGCAGUAAGGCAUGUAGGGCAGACCUACGCGAGGCAGAUGAGCUGGUGUCCAUCAACGAUCAGCCAUGCAGCGGUCUGUCCCACGCCCAGGCCAUGACCUUCAUCGACAGCUCAUCCGGAAUACUCCACAUCCGGGUCAAAAGAGCGCCGGCUGGCUUCCAGUCUGUGGUUCUCUUGACCCGUGCCCCGUCCCCCCGCAUCGACAAGGAGUACCGGGCAGUCCUGCGCGCCAUGUCCCCCUCUGCCCAACCCCACCACCCCCCAGUCAGGGAGGUGCACCACAGCCACAGCCGCAGCUCCCUCCUGUCCCCCGCGGGGCGCAGCGGCCUGACCUCCCCGCCGGGCAGCGAGGCGUAUUACGGCGAGACGGACAGCGACGCCGACGUGGCGGCCUACGAGCGCCAGCGGCGGCAGAAACGCCGGAGUCCCAACAACCCGUUGCCGGGGAAGCCCCCCGGCCGCGCCGCGGCGGAAGGCGGCGAGACGUCCGAGAUGAGCGGCUACGACAGCGCGCCGGACGCGCGCGUCUACCCCGGCGCGGCGGGCGGCGGCGGCGGGGGGGGGGAGGGGGGGCUGUCCGGUGUGGGCGUGGCCCGGCGGGAGGUCAUCUACCAGCCCCCGUCCUCAGGGAUGUGGUCAUCGCAGACCUCCACGGAGACCUCGUCCAUCAUCUCCUCGGCGGAUGACCAGGGGCCUCCGGGUGGGGGGCCGGAGGAGGACAGCGGCUUCCAGGAGUUGACCAACGUUCCCCCGCUGGUGUCCCCUGAGAGGGCCAAGGAGGCCAUGAUGCUGGGCUCCCGUGGGCAGCUGGUGCCCAUGGUGGGGCCUUUGGAGACCCCUCUCGAUGAGGAGCUGACAACCACAUACAUGGAUAAAGCCAAACAAGCCAAGCUGAACCGGGGAGACACCCUCCAGGACAAGCAGGUUAAAGAGGCUCGGACUAAGUGUCGCACCAUCGCCUCCCUGCUGACCGACGCACCCAACCCCCACUCCAAGGGCGUGCUCAUGUUUAAGAAGCGACGCCAGCGCUCCAAGAAGUACACGUUGACCAGCUUCGGUAGCGUGGACGAGGACUUGCGCCAGGACUCCCAGGAAGAGGACGGGGUGUUCCUGGGCAGCGAGUCCGAGUUUGACGAAGACGGCUUUUCCGCUGCCCCUGACUCGACUUGGGAUGGCGACUACCUGGACGUGCUGGAGAAGAGGGCGACGGCGGCAACGGCGGCGGGAGGGCGAGGGGACGGGGCGGAGGACGCGCCCAGUCCGGGUUUGAGCGACACCGCCGGGAAAGGCGCCCAGCUGUUUGAGCAGCAGAGGAAGAGGGCGGCGGAGCACGCCAGGAAAGUGGAGGCCGCUCAGCCUCAGGCCCCGCCUCAGCCACAGCCCCAAAGCCAAUCACAGAUCGUGGAGCAACUGAAUCAGUAUCCACCAAGCCAAUCUCAGCCAGACAUGCAAUUCUUGCAGACCCAUCAGCCGCCACCCCCUGUAUCUUUCCAGGAUGAGGCCCAGCAACUGGCCCCUCCCAUUCACAGCAUGGCCAACGGAAACAUGUCCUACUCUGUUGUUAGCACAGCUAGCAUGGUGAUGUCACCUCCAGUUGUGGCGCCAAAACCAGCCACCGCCUCAGUGACCAUCCUGACGGCCCCAGCGGCCCCAUCCCAGACCCCCCUGCCGGAACUUUCCUCCAGCUCUGUCCUCAACAGAACCGCCCAACCCUUCGCCCCUGGCUUCGUCACCAACAGAGCCGCCACGGCUCCUGUCGUGUUCCGGCCCACUGUUGCCAAGAAACCCCAGCGCCCGGCAACCUCUGCAGGCAUCGUGCCCACGCCUUUCUCUGCUUCCUCCGAGCUAGCCGCCAACAUGGCUCCCCUCUCCUCCCUGAGCCAGCCCUCCAUCUUCUCUUCACCACCCUCAGUAGCCGGGGGUCCCUUCUCCCCCUUCUCCCCCUCCUCCGCGGCCCCUCGCUACCCAGCAUUCUCCACCCCUAUGGAGAUCAUGCAGGCAGCCCAGCCAAUGACCAUGACCGCACCCCAUCUCCCUGUUUCGGCCCCGGUGGCACCCAUGCCCCAGGUCUCAGCUGCCCCUAUCCCUCAAAUGCCCGUUACGGCUUCCCAGAUGCACCAUGUACCAGUCUCAAUGGCUCCCAUGCCCCCUGUGUCUGUGUCUUCCGCCCCACCACCUCAGACCGUGUACCAGCCACCUCAGGUCUCCGUCGCCCCACCAUCUCAAGUCCCAGUGUCUCAACCACCUCCGAUGGCGUUUUCUCAACCCCCUCCGGUCCCAAUGCCCACCCCACCAACGGCUCCGGUGUCUGUGGUACCUCAAGCUACCAUGGUAGCCCCCACGCCCAUACCCACCACCCCUAUGUCUCCCCCCGGUGGUCGUACUGGAAUCCUCCUGGAUGCCCGCCGUCGCAGCGGCAGGAGACCCAUGUUCCGCACCCCGGAGGACAAGAAGAACUCCCCCAACCCGGAGCUGCUCAACAUGGUCCAGAACCUGGAUGACAGACCCCACCGCGGCUACGGACGCCCUCCCUCGGUGGUCAUGGGCUACGAGGGCGGCGAGGAAGACAACCAGGAUGGCGAGGCGGGCAGAGGUAGGAUGCCGCCUCCGGUGGCCCCCAAGCCCAGGGUGAUCCAUGAGACGCCCCUGAUCCCCCAGAAUGAGGGCAAGGGGGCUCAGCUGUUUGCCCGUAGGCAGAGCCGCAUGGACCUGUACGUGGUGGAUACCCCCCCAGAGACCCCCUUCCAACAGGAGGUCCACUCCAUGGCUGGUGCCCAAGACUACGACCCGUCCUCCAACCCCUCGCUUCCCAACCAGUGGAAGUACUCCCCCAAUAUCAGAGCUCCUCCUCCUAUUGGCUACAACCCUCUUCUGGCUCCUUCCUGCCCUGUGGGCCCACAGCGGGAUAGUGGCAGGGGCAGAGGGGGACCAGGGGGAAUGGGCUCCCAGAGAGAGGGCAUCAAAGCUUUGGAUUUCAUGAGGAGGCAGCCCUACCAGCUCAACUCUGGAAUGUUCAGUUACGGUGGAAGCGUGGCUAACCUGUCUGCCAUGCCCUCCUACCAGGCACAGAGGCAGCAGCAGCAGCAGCAGGGUGGAUACACCAUGGUGGGCAGCUCCCUGACCCCACCCAGGCAGAUCCCCAUCAAGGCGGCCCGGGUGUAUGAGAUCAAACGCUUCUCCACCCCCACGCCCAUGUCAGCGCCCACGCUGGCGACCAAAGUGAUCGCCCCGCGGUCCGCCACCACACUCGGAGAGCCCUUCAUGCGCUCUGACAUGACCUCGCCGACCCCUACCCCCAUCUCCCCGCCCACCGCUCGCGUCUCAGCCCCCACCCCUUUCUCAGCCCCCACCCCCACGCCAUUCAAUGCUCCACACCCAACAUCUGGGCUCCCAAGCCUGCCCCAAAUCUCCGCCAUCCCAAUCCCCAAUUCGGUCCCCAUCCCACACCCGACGCCCUACACUGGAGUGUCCUACACAGGGCUCCAGGCUGCCAAGCAGUUCCAGAGUGCCCCUGAGCUGAGCCUCUUGGGCUCGCUGCCUCCCCUGAGAGCCACACCCAUCCAGGUGCCGAAGCCUCGCUUCAUCGCCACCAAGUCAGGCAUCAAACCCCACAUUUGGAGGCCAGGGGCCAUGUGAGCUUGGGCGGGAGACCCCGUUUGACAGAGAUAGACUUGGACUUGGACCCCUUCAAAUCCUAAACCCACAAUAAAUAUAAGAUGAAUGAUUACAAAUAUACUUAAUUGAAAUGUUAUGUUUGAUUUCAAUGAUUGAAGACCCUAACUAAAGUGAAUAUGUUAUAUUUAUAUUUUUCAUUUGUUUGGCUUUAGUAUGUUACGAGGCUUGAAUUUGUGCCGCAGUGAUGGUUGUUGUUCAACAUAUGUUUAUAUUUCACAGUGGUAUUCAUGUCUUUGCAGUUGUAGAUGAGCUUUGAAGUCACAUAUAGACGCUGUUGCUAAAAUGCAUAGGCUACACAUAGCCUGUCAAGACAUUGAUAAGAGGAGUUUUAUUUUUCCCAUAUACGCCAUAGUGUACCCAAUGUACACAACCAGAACUGGACUAGUAGUAUUCCUACCAUUCUCUACGCCUGUCCUGGAGGAGGUUUGUGCAAGGCUUAUCUUUCGGCACAGUCAGAUGAAAUACUGUCAAUAAUAAAAAGCCAUGGGAGUGAGAGAGCCUG